GGAAAUAUAAUAAAAAAAAAUAUAAAAUAAAAUAAUGUUAAUGGAAACCGUUACAGCGAGCGUGGACUAACAAAUUAAUCGCUGACAACCGAGAUUCACUGCGUUCGUCAUGUAGAAAUUGGAACGCAGCUGAAUACGCAGACAUUGGACUUGGAACUGUAGCCACGACCUUAUUUUCCUAAAUUUAUUUUGUUUAAAAGUGUAUAGUUUGAUUUUAUUUUUAAUUAAGUUAUUUGUGGUUUAGGCUGUUAACCAGAGAAUCUUGGAAUACCCAUUUUAAAAGGCGAACUCGUUUUCCGAUACCAGUGAAUUAACUGGGAUUGAUGGUUUUGGCAACCCAUCGGCAUGUCUCAAAAAGCACGAGUUAUCAACUUAUAUAAAACUCUUCUUCAUCUGGGCAAGGAUUGGCCGGCGGGUUAUCCCUAUUUCAGGAACAAAGCCCAUAAUGCUUUUCUAAAAAACAAAGAUGAAACGGACUCUAAGAACAUUGAAAAACUAAUUAAACAUGGAGAAUUCGUUUGUAAGGAGAUUGAAGCUUUAUACAUGUUAAAGAAAUAUCGCGCCCUAAAAAGGCGUUAUUAUGAUAGUUAAUAACUUAAUUGUAUAUUAGAAAUAUACGUUAGAAUUUAUUUAGAAUAAAUAUAUAUUUAUACUUAAAAAAAAAA